GGGCUAGACAGCUAAACAGCAUUUACCUGGAGCUCCCGAGAUUCUGGACAUAAUGUUCUGGCCCACUAAGAAGGACAUCAAGACCGCCUUGGAGGUCCUCGCUCUUUUCCAGUGGGCCCUGAGUGCCUUUGUUAUAAUAACCACGGUGAUCCUUGUCAACCUCUACUUGGUGGUGUUCACAUCGUACUGGCCGUUCACUGUUCUCAUGCUCAUCUGGCUGGCUUUUGACUGGAAGACUCCGGAGCGAGGGGGCCGUCGUUUCCCCUGUGUGAGGAGGUGGCGUCUGUGGAAACACUACUGCAAUUACUUCCCAAUCAAGAUUUUGAAGACGCAUGACAUUUCCCCCAGCCACAACUACAUCCUUGCCUGCCAUCCUCAUGGGCUCAUGGCCCAUUCAUGCUUUGGUCACUUUGCCACUGACACAUCAGGCUUCUCCAAGGUCUUUCCUGGUAUCACUCCUUACAUGCUCACACUAGGAGCCUUUUUCUGGGUGCCUUUCUUCAGAGACUAUGUGAUGUCUACAGGGGCCUGCUCUGUGAGCCAAUCCUCCAUAGACUUUCUGCUUACCCAGAAGGGCACAGGCAACAUGCUUGUCGUGGUGGUUGGUGGCCUGGCUGAAUGCAAACACAGCACGCCAGGCUCUACCACCCUGGUCUUGAAGAAUCGGUAUGGCUUUGUGCGCAUGGCCCUUCGACAUGGGGUGUCUCUAAUCCCUGCUUAUGGCUUUGGAGAGACGGACCUCUAUGACCAGCACAUUUUUACUCCUGGGGGCUAUAUCAAUCGCUUUCAGAAUUGGUUCCAGAAGAUGGUACACAUCUACCCCUGUGCUUUCUAUGGGCGUGGCUUUACCAAGAACUCCUGGGGCCUUCUGCCAUAUUCUCAGCCAGUAACCACUGUUGUUGGCGAACCGCUACCACUGCCCAAGAUUGAGAAUCCGAGCCGGGAGAUUGUGGCCAAAUACCACACACUCUAUAUUGAUGCUCUCCGCAAAUUGUUUGAUCAACAUAAGACCAAGUUUGGCAUCUCAGAGACCCAGGAGCUGGUGAUAGUUUGAAAGACAUUCCCCUGGCUGGAUGGUGUGGAACUGGUCACAGCAGGCCAAUGUUACCUAUGCAGCUUCACGUGUGACUGGAGCAAUCCUCACUGGAGGGAGGUGGGGGUGUGUCCAUUCGGUUGUUUUCCGUCUCCAUCCUUUUCCACUUCCAUCUCUUUCUCCUAGUUUUUUCCCUUUUCCGCUGGGACAGAGAAGACCCUAGGCUUCACUGAAGUCACUGGAGGUUGCUCUGAGCAAAGCUGGGAUAGAAUAAACAGCCCAUCUCUGGUACUGUGUGCUCCAGCUGGUCUGUUUGGAGGACUCUAGGACCUUGUGUGUCUGUCAUUCUCCAUGACUGGGCACCUCAAGAGCCAGGGGACACUGGGUUCAGAGAGCAGCACAUUCAGGACCUGUGAUUUUUAGGGUCAAUCCGUGAUUUCUUAUCUGUUUCUUCAACUCUGAAAUGGAACUCAUAAUCCUUCCUCUGCUCACCGCAAAGGCUGCUGGCAAGUUUCAGUGUUACUUACUGCAUGUUACUAAACCUG